AUGUCGGCUAACCUACAGACCAAACUUGAAAACUCCCUCAAUGAAGUACUCAAAACGGCAGGAUUCAUAUUUGAAGUUAUAAACAGCAACAAAAAGCAGAGUACUUUGAUAAUGGGUCCCAAUAAUCAACUAAUACAACCAGCAAUCAUCAAACAACUAACUAACCACAUUAAUGAAUUUGAUUCAAUACUUGACGAAACCAUUUUCAAGUUUAAUGACGCAAAGUGGUGUAUUGAUACAAUGAUAGAGAACAAACAAAAACAGGAGGAGAUGAAGAUAAAAGAAGAGCUCGAAAGGCAGAAACGAGAGGCCGAGGCCAAGAGGUUAAAGGAGGAAAUGGAAGCAAAGAAAAGAGCAGAAGAGGAGGCUGCAGCAAAAGCAAAACUAGAAGCUGAAGCUAGAUCAAAAGCAGAGGCAGAAGCAAAAGCACAGGCUGAGAAGGAGGCGGUCGAAAUAGAACGACAAAGGAAAGAGGAGUUGGAAAAGAAAGAACGAGAAGAGGCGGUAGAGAGAGAAAGGAAAGAAGCAGAAGAGAAAACUAGACAAGAGCAGCAGCAGCAAUUGCAAUCCCUGAACCAAGCGCUGGAACAAUUUCAAAACUUUGACGAUUUGAUGGACUUUAAUAUGGAUGAUCUUGGCCAAAGUGAUGACAGGGCCAACAUGGACGAUCAAAAUGACUUUUUAUCUUCCAUGAAUUAUGAUAACUUGAACAUGAAUAUGCCCUUAGAAGAUACCAGUAAAGUCGAUAAUAGUGUGUUUGAUGAUUUUAACAUUGACGACCUAGAUACCGGUAAUCAAGAGCCGGACAAAGUGGAAAAUAAUACUAAUUCCAAUGUGGAUAUAGGUAACAAAGAUGAAUCACAGAGUAAGCCACUAGAGAAAGGGGAUGACAUGGAUUUGGACAUGAACAAUCUACUAGGAAAUGACGAACUGAUCUUAGAUGGCUUAAAUAUGAGUUUACUAGAGGGCGGAUUUGAUGGUAGUGAUGAUGGAAAUAACGCCAACAACGCACAAUUAGGUGAUGAGUUUGACGUUGACAAUUUUUUGAAUCAAUUUGGUAAUUAG